CGCUAUUGUGCAUAUAUUUAAUCGUUGACAUCUGCUAAGUUUAGAAUGGAUGCGCUCUCAGUGGGUAAUGUGCAAUAAUUAAAAAAGAAAUUGUCCUAAACACCUUGAAAGAUUCUUUCGUUGAAAAUUGUAACAUAUUUAUGAUGCAUCUUAACGUGAACUUCGGUGAUAGAUUUGUGUCAAAAUAGCAAUAUUUAUCUAAAUGAAACCCAUCCACACCGUGCAGUGGUAGAGCCUAACUAAGAGUUAGUUAUUAUGACAAAUUGUCUAUAUUUGGGUGGAAGCUGGCUGUAUCGACGUUCCGGACGUCCUGCGCACGCCCGGGGCCGAGACAACUCGUCCCAGAAUUCUGCUGCGAUAGGCAGUCGUUCGUAUUACGUACUCCGAGUGCAUUGCUUUUAGCUUACAAUUUGCGGUAUCGUAACUCUCGUGACUGUACUAUCAAUCGGCUAAAAUGGGUAAGGAGAAGACUCAUAUUAACAUCGUUGUGAUCGGGCAUGUGGACUCGGGCAAAUCGACCACCACUGGCCAUCUCAUCUACAAGUGCGGCGGCAUCGACAAGCGAACCAUCGAGAAGUUCGAGAAGGAGGCCCAGGAGAUGGGCAAGGGCUCCUUCAAGUACGCCUGGGUACUUGACAAGCUGAAGGCCGAGCGCGAGCGCGGUAUCACCAUCGACAUCGCCCUUUGGAAGUUCGAGACCGCCAAAUACUACGUCACCAUUAUUGACGCGCCCGGCCACAGGGACUUCAUCAAGAACAUGAUUACCGGCACCUCGCAGGCGGACUGCGCGGUGCUGAUCGUGGCGGCGGGCACGGGCGAGUUCGAGGCGGGCAUCAGCAAGAACGGUCAGACCCGCGAGCACGCGCUGCUCGCCUUCACGCUGGGCGUCAAGCAGCUCAUCGUGGGCGUCAACAAGAUGGACUCCACGGAGCCGCCCUACCACGAAGCGCGCUACGAAGAGAUCAAGAAGGAAGUCUCCUCUUACAUCAAGAAGAUUGGGUACAAUCCGGCGACCGUGGCAUUCGUGCCGAUCUCAGGAUGGCACGGUGACAAUAUGCUCGAGCCGUCCGAUAAGAUGCCCUGGUUCAAGGGGUGGACCAUUGAACGCAAGGACGGCAAGGUCGAGGGCAAGUGUCUCAUUGAGGCUCUGGACGCGAUCCAGCCCCCGUCGCGGCCGACCGAGAAGCCUCUGCGGCUGCCGCUGCAGGACGUAUACAAGAUCGGCGGCAUCGGCACCGUGCCCGUCGGCCGCGUGGAGACCGGCAUCCUCAAGCCGGGUAUGGUGGUGGUGUUCGCACCGGCCGCCAUCACCACCGAGGUGAAGUCUGUAGAGAUGCACCACGAGGCGCUGCCCGAGGCUAUGCCCGGAGAUAACGUGGGCUUCAACGUCAAGAACGUGUCAGUGAAGGAAUUGCGUCGCGGAUAUGUCGCCGGAGACUCGAAGAACUCUCCGCCCAAGGGCGCCGCCGAUUUUACAGCUCAGGUGAUCGUGCUGAACCACCCGGGGCAGAUCAGUAACGGCUACACGCCGGUGCUGGACUGCCACACGGCUCACAUCGCCUGCAAGUUUGCCGAGAUCAAGGAGAAGUGCGACCGCCGUACCGGUAAGACGACGGAGGUGGAGCCGAAGUCGAUCAAGUCCGGGGACGCAGCGAUCGUGACUCUGGUGCCGACGAAGGCGCUCUGCGUCGAGUCGUUCCAGGAGUUCCCGCCUCUCGGCCGCUUCGCCGUGCGCGACAUGCGCCAGACCGUCGCCGUCGGUGUCAUCAAGAGCGUGACGUUCAAGGAGGUGACCACAGGUAAAGUCACCAAGGCCGCCGAGAAGGCGCAGAAGAAGAAAUAACUAUGGGGCACAUCAAUCAUUGUGCUGCAGCCGGUAGCGAUCGUCUGCAACAUUGCGUCACCCCCCUCCCCCUCCUCCUCCCGCGUUCUUACCGCCCCCCACCCCGCGCCCCCCGCGCCCCCCGCGCAUGGCAGCGUGAGACGCGCAGCUGGCGAUCGCUCCGGCGCAUCGGUCAUCACCGAUCCCUCAGUAUCGUUGUCGUGUCCCUAUGUCAACAAUCAUAGCUUCUUCACUGGUGACAUCACCUCCCCCCGUAUUACGUGCAUUUAUCGUAGCGAGAUGUGUUUAAAGUUAAUUCGUUUUAGUUACGCUUAUGUGUUAAGUUUAUGUAUUUGUGAUUACUUUAGUCGUAAGUUACUCGCCAAGUUUGAGUUCCCGCACUUGAAAGCUCGUUACGUUUUGUUCUUUCAUCGCAAAGAGUUUAGGAGGAAAGGCAACGGCGCGAUUAUUGGAUUUUUAAACCGUUUCACUACGUCGUGCUCGUUCACUCGUUACCUUGUCUAAAUUUAUAGUUCGUUUACUAAUGUUCAGUUUGUUCAACUUUUCCUUUAGACGUUUCAUUUUUUUAUUUAUUUGGUAACUUCGAGUUCUGUUCGUUUCAUUUCAUUGUAAUUAUUAAAUUUCUAAGAUGUUAUUACUUUUUAAGAGCGUUAUUUUCUUACGGUAGAGGAUAUGUAGGGAUUUAAGAGUAAAGCAAAACAUCAGAGUGUAUAAUAUGAGGGACGGUUUAGAACCGGAUCCCUUUAGUUGAUUUAGCAGUACGAUUUUAAAACGUUGAAAACGUUGGAUAAAAAUUUGUGAAGUACG